AUGGGGGAAAAUGCAGACUUUGAGGAGAAUUUAACAAACCGCCUUUUUGCUGUAGGAAAUGAAGCUUAUGAAACAGUUUCUCGUAAUGAUAUUUUAGAGCCUAUCGUUAGUACACUGGAUGAUUUGGCACUUGAGGUAAAAUCUUGUCUAACAAGUUUGGGUGACUUAUCUCUGGAUUUUAUCCAUUCCGAUGAACUCAUCAUGACUUCAGGAUAUUCCAAGGCAGUACACCAUUUUCUUCGUCACGCAGCGAAAAGAGGAAGAAAUUUCAAAGUUAUAGUCUGUGAAUGUUAUCCUGACAACUUGGGACAUAAAAUAGCUGAAGAACUAUCAAAGGAUGGUGUCGAUGUCAUUCUAGUCCCUGAUAGCCAUGUUUUUGGCUUGAUGUCGCGAAUAAAUAAAGUAAUUGUUAGCUGCCAGGCUGUGUAUCCUGAUGGAACGUUAAAAGCUAGGGUGGGGACUUAUGGCGUUAUGCUUGCAGCCAAAAGUUUUUCGAUUCCGAUCUACGUUUGUUUGCUGCAUCACAAACUCUCUCCUAUUCCAUUCAAGCACUCUUCUCGAUCAACACCAUCAUUUUCUGUACAGCCUACUGCUAAUCCCAGUGAUAGUUCGCCAGAUUGGCUGGAUAGCCCAUCAGUUAUUUUACCACCAAAUGAGCCUAAACUAAUUAACGAAGGGUUAGUUUAUCAUCAACCUAGCGAAGGUCCGGUUGUUUGGGUUCCAAAAUGGGAAAUUAUACCUUCGGGUCUUGUCAGUUUAUUUUUGACAAAUCUUGGCACUCAUGCCCCAUCAUAUUUAUAUGCUCUUGGACGAGAAUUGUUCCACUCUGCAGAUAUUAAGACAAUCAUGAUAUGGGACCAAUAA